UUAACUUUGGGACCUUCAGAAUCUGCAGUUUCAUUUCCGCCUUUUUGUUUCCUCACAGCGAACAGAAACUUUCAUGUUUGUAGUUUUGUUUCCUCAACAUGGAAAUAACAGAGUUUCACUUCUUCUUCUUCUGUUGUGUUUUUACGCUGUUUUCACGAAACGACGGUCUUCCGGUUUCAGCUGGGCCUGUGACGAGGUUUUCCCUUCCUGGGGGGAACGUAGUUCUGCCGUGUCGGCCCGCCUCACCUCUGUCACAUGACCUGGUUUUGGAGUGGUUACGAGUUGAUGUUCCCCCCUCACUGACGCUCUUCGUUCUGCGUGAUGGCGAGGAGCUUAAGCAGGACAAAGAUGAUAGAUACGUCGGGAGGACGGCCCUGACUGAUGGUUAUUCUUUGAGCCUGCUCGAUGUCCAAUCGCAGGACAACGGCACGUACAGUUGUGUCUUUUGGAGAGGAACACAACGUCAACACCAGGAGUCCGUCUCUCUCAUUGUUGCUCGGGUGUCUGAAGUGAACAUCUCUACCUCGAAGAUGCCGUCCAAUGAGCUGCUUGUUGUCUGUGAGUCCUGUGACUGGUACCCGCCCCCGCAGGUGUUUCUGCUGGACUCCACCAGAAAGGACCUUCACGCCCUCACUAAGCGCUCAACCGGGCGAGACGGCUUGGUUUCCUUCAGCGCGACCCUUCACCUGAACAAAGCAACGCUAACAGGAAACAGGACCGUUAUCUGCAGAGUGGAAAUCCCAGAAAUGAACCUGGUGAGGGAGAGUCAGAUUGAUGUCGGAGAAGGCUUCAGUCCCCAGGAGGCAGGAUCUCUACCCCUGGUCAUAAGCGUCCUCUGUGUUUUGUUGCUGCUUUGUAUCAUCAUCACCUGCGUUACUGUUUACUGUUGGAGGCGUUGUCAAGAGCACAUCUUAAGAAAGACCAAGCCGAAGAAAGGCUCAGGAGCCAGCGAAGAUUAUUUACUAGAACUCUUUGGUUCCGUGGAGACAAGUGCUGGAGAGAUGGAAGAUAAUAAAACAUCAGAGGGGAAAGCUGAAGCAAGGGAAGUUUUUCCCUCAGAUGAACCUCUUCCUCGAGUGCAUGCAGACAUCAUGAAUGUGGAAACGACGGGCACUAUUCAGACGGUGAGGGUAAACAGGCUGAGUAAGACCGGAGUUGAAGCUUCUGAAGAGUUGGCAGAUAGAGACCUGACUGAGAUGGAGAAGUACAAAGAGGACAUCCUGUUCGUGGGAAAACAACGUGGUGUCCAUCCUGCCCUCAUCGCCGCCAUCAUCUCCAGACAGUCUCAGGCUGGAACAAGCCUGAGUCAGACGGGUUAUGGAACAUUUGACCAUGACUGCUUCGGCCUCAUGCAGAUCAAUAAGCUUUACCACAAGCUGGAUGAACGUACAGGACCGUUCAGCAGGGAGCACCUGGACCAGGGAGCCGCCUACCUCCGCUUGCUCAUCGACACCAUGAGGAAGAACACGGGCUGGACCGCAGAGCAGAACUUGAAAGGUGCUGUGGCUUGCUACAUUGCAGGUCCGGAAAAAGUCAUUGGUUUGAAGUACGAUGAAGUGGACAGCGUCACGCCGAACAACGACUUUGCAAACGACGUGAUCGCCAGAGCGCAGUGGUACGCUAAGAACCACUUUAAAAUGUCGUAGCCUCCCAAUCUCAAUUUUCUCUUUUUCUGCAUCGCACAGUCAAACUGUGGUCACCUUAAAGGGCGGCUAAAUAUAAGAGUAAAUAUUUUUACUGGAAGGAUUAAAAAAAAACAUGUUUAUAUCCAUGUUUGUGAAGUUUUACUGGAGAAGUGUUAAAUCUCAAACAGCCUAGGGGGCGCUGGUGGUGCAGUGGUUAGUGUGCACCCCAUGUAUGGAGGCUGUAGUCCUCAAAGUGGGUCAACUAGUGAGUUAAGUUUGAAGUCAUUCUUUCUGCCUGAAACCAAAGGGAAGUCAGAAGUGAUAGCGCAACACUGCUGUGUUAAAUAAUGAACUUACAAAAUUAUCGUUUUCGUUGUACAAUAUCACAAAAUAAUGCAAAAUGCAACACAGGAAACAGGAGAAGUUUGAACAAUUUUGCCCAACAAAUAAUCUGAAAACUAAACUCUCAAAUACUUUCUUUUGAAGAAAGCGUACGCAUAGACACCUGGCUGAAGGCGUGUUACUGGAGGAUUCCUCUAGAGGGAGCCCCACAUAAAUCAGACCAGGGGUGGAGCAGCCAUUUUAAAAGUGCGGGUGUUGUAAUGUUAGUAUAUUAGCACCCUCUAGCAAAUCAACACAUUCUGUUUAAUGUCCAAUAACUGAUGUUAGCUGACACAUCAACAAGACAAAGUUACCAAAGAUA